AUGACUGCUUCUGGCGCUGUCGAUGAGGUUGGCAUUUUCAUAGGCGCUAAUCGUCAGGCCCAUGUAUUUGACUACAAAGAUAAUUUGGUGGCCUAUGGCGCCUACACCACUGUGGCUUUGUGGAACCCUUUUUCCAUCGAUAAGAAAGGCGUAUAUCGCACAUUGGUGAAACACACUAAAGAAGUCACCUGUGUGAGGUUUAUCCCUGGCACGGAUCUUCUUGUUUCUGCUGGUGAAGAUGGAGAGAUCAAUGUCUGGAAGAAGUCAGGUGAUACCUACAAUCUUAUACAAACGUUGGUUGAAGAAGACGUCUCCAUAACUUGCAUCAGCGUCUUUGAUGAGCACUACUUUGUCACUGGUAACACCCGAGGUGAAGUCACUGUUUACAAAAUCGAGGAUACUAGGAUCUCUUUGGCUUACAGAUAUAAGGUUAAGUUUAACUUCUUUGCCUUGACUCUUUGUUUGCAGAAGAUAGACACAGCAUAUCUCCUUUUAAUUGGCGGCACCGGUACAUCAUUAUUCGUCUACACCUUCACGCCCACAGAGGGGCCCAAAUUACAGGCGUCAGUGCCUGGUCAUGAGGACUGGAUCAAGGCUCUUGCUAUUGCAAAGGACGGAGAAGAUUACCUCCUUGCUUCAGGCGCCCAGGAUAGGUACAUUCGUCUUUGGCGGCUCAAGUUGAAUGAUAACAUAGACAACUCUGACGAAGACGAAAAUAAGCUUGUUUUGCUUACCAAUAAACAGCAUAAGUUUGGAAUUGGUGAGAACAAAGCGGCCCUUAGUUUUGACGCCUUGAUUAUGGGUCAUGAUGACUGGGUCAGUGGUUUGCAAUGGCAUCCUUCUUGCUCAUCCCAAAGCUCUCAAAGGAAACUACAAUUGCUUUCACUGACUGCUGAUACAGCUCUCAUGAUAUGGGAAAUGGAUGAAGACUCUGGUAUCUGGGUUUGCCUGAGCAGACUAGGUGAGAUGUCCAUCAAGGGAGCCUCUACGGCAACUGGCUCAUCUGGAGGUUUUUGGUCAUGUCUUUGGAUAUAUAACGAGAAAGCUUCAGAGCAGCUUAUACUUGCCAAUGGUAAGACUGGUGCUAUAAGGGCAUACAGGCUGACUGACGAGGAAAACAAGGUGUGGUCUUCUGUUUUGGGCGUCACUGGCCCAAUCAAAGAAGUGAAUGAUGCCGUGUGGUCCAGAGAUGGGUCUUUUCUUUUUGCAACUUCACUCGAUCAGACUACGAGACUCUAUGCCCCAUGGGUGAAGCAUAGAUCACAGGCGAGUGAGCAAGAAGUUACGUGGCACGAAUUUGCUAGACCUCAAAUUCAUGGGUAUGACAUGAUUUGUCUUGAUCAUAUUAGUCAAACCAAAUUUGUCUCCGGAGGAGACGAAAAAGUCUUGAGAGUGUUUGAGAUGACGCAAUCCAUAAGCGAUUUAUUACAUAAGUUCUGUGACGUGACUCUUAAACUGAGUAAGUUUGAGUCUCUACCGGAAGCAGCUGCACUACCAGUACUUGGUCUUUCAAAUAAGGCAGCCAAUGAACAAUUGGAGGCCGGAGAGGCACAACAGAGAGAGGAGGAUUAUGAGGAGAACCAAGCUGAGGGUAACUCAAGCAAAGCUGACCCUCUUGCUGAUCUUGAGGGUCCUCCUUUGGAAGAUCACUUACAGAGACACACUUUAUUCCCCGAAAUUGAGAAGUUGUACGGACAUGGUUAUGAAAUCUCUUGCUGUGCCACCUCACCAUCAGGCAGACUUAUUGCAUCCGCUUGUCGGUCGAAUAAUGCCAAGCACGCGGUAGUGAGAGUGUUUGAUGUCAACGCUGACUAUAAGCUAAGUGAACAAUCAUUAGACGGUCACAGUUUGACGAUCACAAGUUUGGAAUUUUCACAAGAUGGUACAUACUUGGUGGCAGUGUCUCGUGAUAGACAACUUUCACUUUGGAGAGUCUCUGACGAGGAAAAAGCCGAGAUCGAGUUGGUCAAGUUUCAAGAGAAGGCCCAUUCCCGUAUUGUAUGGGACUGUUCGUGGGCACCUACAUGCGAUUAUGGAUCAUUCUUUGUUACUGCCUCUCGUGACAAGAGCAUUAAGCUCUGGAAGGCCAAUGAUAAUGGAGCAGAGCUUUUGACCACAUCGAAGACAACAGAGCCGGUGACCUCAGUUGCCUGUUUACAACUGAGUCUAGUGGGAAACCGCUUACUAGUCGCCGCCGGCCAGGAAAGCGGAACCAUUUGCAUCUAUGCUGCCGAUUUGAACCUGAAAAAUCCAACAUUUGUUCAAGCGUUGACUUUUGACAAGUCGCUCUUGCCCGCUUCAAAAGUGUGCAAGUUAAGCUUCAGCAAGAAAGUUGUUGACAAGAAGGCUCUCCUAGCUGUUGCCAGCUCGGAUACUUCGGCAAGAAUCUACACUAUAAGCCUCGAUCGUCUUCAUUGA